CCCCAUAAAAAUAAAACACCAACAAAGGGGAACGUGUAGUACUUAUGCGCCCGCAUGGGGGUGCUGUUUCCAAAGUUGUUGUACUUACAGUACCUCAAACUUUACAGUCGAAUCGAGAUUGUUCAGUCACAUGUUCAGCCUCUGCCGUUUAGAGAAGUUACUGUUUGCGUAUGUUUUCAUUGUGAUACUAAGUCACAAACGUUAAUGUUGACGCUGAACGUCAGGUCGAUAUGUUCGAGUCGGACACCGCAGCGAUCCUUCCUGAAGAUCUGCUGAGCGCCACAUCUACGGACGAACACAAAACCACCGACUGUCGUGGCGGCAGAGAGGAGUCCGGCACACCGACUACCUGCCGCCUGCGGCCGCCGUUUGCGUGUCCGCUGUCCGUGUCCGUAGAACCCGUGUUGUUCCUGUCCAUGUUUGCGUUCACCUUGCAGGCCCCUCUGGCGACUCAGUAUCUGUGGGACCGGAUCAGUGAAGAUCUGGGUUACAACACGUCCCAAAAGAGUGCAACGUGCGGAAACAGCUCGACCACUCCAGACCCUCUGCUGAAGGAGGUGGAAACACUGACAGCACAUUGGAACCUUUAUAUAAAUCUGGUGGGCUUUUCUAUAGCACUAAUUGUGGUUCCUGUCCUGGGGCCAUGGAGUGACCUUGCAGGUCGUAGGCCAGUCCUCAUCAUCCCCAGCAUAGGCUUGGCUCUCCAGACAGGGGUGAACCUGGUGGUGAUGUACUUGAAGCUGCCUGUUGCCUACUUCUUCAUUGGCAGGAUGCUCAGUGGGCUUUUAGGUGAUUUCGCUGCCAUCUUGGCAGGAUGCUUCUCAUAUGUGGCUGAUGUCACUGACCAAAAGUCCCGCACCUUCAGAGUAGCAGUGUUGGAGGCCUGUAUAGGCCUGUCAGGGAUGCUGGCUAGCAUCAUUGGAGGGUAUUGGCGGAAGGCACAAUGGUACAUCAACCCGUUCUGGCUGGUCCUGGCCACCCAAACAGCUACAGCUCUGUAUGCUUAUCUGUUUGUCCCUGAGUCCAUCCUAGAAAACCCCACUGCCAAGUUCUUCACUACUCGCCACUACAAAGCUGUCUGGCUCCUCUACACUAAAAGGGGCGGUGCCAGUGAAACCAAUGGAAGAUAUCAUCGGUUCAAAUUGUGGCUUUACAUGCUUUGCCUCUUUGUGGUGUUGACCAUUCACUUUGGCUGUCGGGAUCUGUACGUGCUGUAUGAACUGAGCUCACCGCUGUGCUGGGGGCCGGAGCUAAUUGGCUAUGGCUCAGCAGUUCUGCACAUGACCUACCUGAGCAGUCUGCUUGGACUGAAGAUCAUGCAGCGCUGCCUGCAAGACUCCUGGAUGGCUCUCAUGGGUCUGGCCUCCAAUGUCACCGGGAUGGUGGUCUUCUCUUUUGCUGACACAACCCAGCUGAUGUUCACAGGGUACGGGUUAUGUUUCCUCUUCGUGGUUGCAACUCCUGUGCUCAGGUCAAAGCUGUCCAAGUUGGCCAGCCCAUCAGAACAAGGCGCCCUGUUUGCCUCUGUGUCCUGUAUUGAAGCCUUGUGUUUUAUUCUGGGCAGCGCCAUCUUCAGCUCGCUCUAUCCAGCCACGCUGCACUUCAUGAAGGGCUUCCCCUUCCUGUUUGCCGCCAUCGUCCUCUUCAUCCCUGCUGGAAUCAUUGGCACUCUGCAAUGCAUAGACCAGAGGCGAGAACAGAGGCUCCACAGCAACCUGACCUAAAGACGAAGAAAAAGCAGGAGCCCAUCAGACAAAGGUUCAUCCUGUUAGUAUGUUGACAUGAGAAACCCAUCAUGUCCAUCUGUGACACCGGAGGAGAAUUCUGAUUUUAACACAAGGUUUUUUAUUCUAUCACUCCAGAAGAAUGAAGACCAAAGAAACUGUUUUAGAUAAAUGGAAACCUUUUUUAAUUUAACAUGCGAUUGUCAGGUUUUACAGAGGCUGUAAUGAAGCAAAGCCUCAGCUUGAUUUUUACAAUUUGAUGCAUUUUGAUAAUAACGGCACACCGAUGCCAGAGAGCGAUCCUUAUAUUAUCAUUUUAGUAACCAUAACAAGCAACAGGGGCCUUAGUGGCCACCAUAACCGUGAUU